AAGGGACCGUGGUCGCACUACCGUGACGUUUAGACUGUGGUCGCCAUGAUAAACUUCAUGCGCACGGCAGAUUGGAAUUAAAUAUUACAAAGGCAAAUAGCAAGGGGCUUUUCAAGAGAUUUCUUUACAGGUUACUCGUCUUGUCCUUAUUCCGGAAGUGGAGUGGGCUGAGAAACGGGAUAGGGACUGGGUGGUACACCUGUGAGGCCGUGUGAUGGCGUCUGCCGUCGAAGGCAGUGUGGACUCAAAAGCGGAGCUCACAGCACUGCUGGAGCAAUGGGAGAGAGAACAACAAGGCAACACUCAGGACCUGGUCAACAUACUGACCAAGAUAUCAGAACUUGUGGAGAGGGAGACUGAGGAGUACCACAAGGCUGAUCCUGACCCGUUUGAUGACCGCCAUCCAGGACGGGCAAACCCAGAGUGCAUGCUGGGACACCUGCUGAAGAUCCUAUUUAAGAAUGACGACUUUAUGAAUGCGCUGGUGAACUCGUAUGUCAUGACAAGCAGAGAAGUUCCACUGAACACUGCAGCGUGUCGGCUGUUGCUGAACAUCAUGCCAGGCCUGGAGACUGCAGUGGUCUUUCAAGAGAAGGAGGGCAUUGUAGAGCGCCUGUUUAAAUGGGCCCGGGAGGCUGAGGAGCCCCUGAGAAUCUAUGCUACAGGUUUGCUUGCAGGAGCCAUGGAGAACCAGGACAUUGCUGCCAACUACCGUGAGGAGAACUCUGUUCUGGUUCCCUUAAUGCUACAGAGGCUCAGAGAACUCCAGGAGAAAGAUGCAGAAAGCAGAAAGGACUUCAAACGGCCCAGUCUCCGCAAGAGCAUGGAGCCCCUGCUCCCUCUGGACGAGGAAGCAGUAGAUGGCAAGUUUUCGCCCAGCCCUUCACAUAUUCACUCGGAAAAUAACAGCUUCGGACACGAAUCGGAUGGAGCGGUCUCCCCUGAGCCCAGUCUAACCCAGAAAUGCAGCAGCCGAGUCCACUCUGGUGUCAGAGGGGUCAUGAAAUUGGCGGUGCCACACCAGUCGGAGUCGGAGAACCCUGGCGAGGGAGCAAAAGAUUUCAAGAAGAGGAUGGAGCGAGAGAAUGGCAGGAAGGCCAAACAGAAGCUGAACUUCUCAUUGCCAGAACCAGAGCGCAGCUUCAGCGAGUUGUCCAACAGCAGCUGGUCAGAGAUGAGCCCAUGGGUGAUUGGGAACAGCUACCACUUGUACCCACUUACAGCAGGCAUCGAGCAGCGUCUCAUUCUUCAGUACCUCACACCAUUGGGGGAAUACCAGGAGCUGUUGGCUGUGUUCAUGCAGCUUGGCGCUCGAGAGCUCCUCAUGCAUUACAUGGAUCUAAAACAGACCAACGAUGUCCAAUUAACCUUUGAGGCCCUCAAGUAUCUGGCCUCUCUCCUGCUGCAUAAGAAGUUUGCGGCAGAAUUUGUGGCUCACGGUGGGGUGCAGAAGCUUUUGGAGAUCCCGCGGCCAUCCAUGGCUGCCACAGGAGUCUCUCUGUGUCUCUAUUACCUUGCCUACAACCAAGAUGCUAUGGAGAGGGUGUGUAUGCUACCCCACUCCCUCUUAGCGGAGGUGGUGAGUUACACUCUGUGGCUGUUGGAGUGUUCUCAUGCCUCCGGCUGCUGUCAUGCCACCAUGUUCUUUUCCAUUUGCUUCUCGUUCCGAGCUGUGCUCGAGCUCUUCGACAACCAGGAUGGCCUGAGACGACUUGUCAACCUGAUAAGUACACUGGAAAUCUUGAAUCCAGAGGAUCAGGGGGCACUGCUGAGCGAUGAUGAGAUCUUCUCCAGCAGGCAGACAGCCAAACACACGUGCAUGGCUCUGCGCCGGUACUUUGAAGCCCACUUGGCCAUUAAAGUGGAACAAGUAAAGCAGAGUCUGCAGCGCACAGAGGGAGGAGCACCCAUCCAUCCCCAGCCGUACUACAAGCCUUGCUCCUACACUCAUGAUCAGGUGGUUGAAAUGGUGGAAUUCCUCAUCGAGCACGGGCCAGUGCGCCUGUACUGGGAGCCUGCCGAGGUCUUCCACAAACUGUCCUGCGUGCAGCUCCUUCUGCAGCUCAUCUCCAUCGCCUGCGACUGGAGGACGUACUACGGCAGGAGUGACACAGUUCGGUAUGCACUGGACAUCCUCAGCAUUCUGACUGUUAUCCCAAAAACGCAGCUCCUGUUGGCUGAAAACGUAGCUGUGCUGGAUGAAGGCGGGUCUACCAUCUCCACAGUAGGCAUGAGCAUCGUCCUGGUGGUAGCCGAGGGUGAGGUGUUUGUGAAUGAUGCUGAGAUCCAGAAGUCAGCUCUGCAGGUGGUGAUUAACUGCGUGUGCGCCCCUGAUAAGCGUAUUUCCAGCAUCGGUAAAUUCAUCUCAGGAGCACCACGACGGCGUCUUCCCCAGAGCCACCGCACCAGCGAAAGUGUCCUGGCCAAAAUGUGGAAUGUGGUCCAGUCCAAUAAUGGCAUCAAGGUCUUGCUCUCGCUGCUGACAAUCAAAAUGCCCAUAACAGACGCCGACCAAAUCCGUGCGUUAGCGUGCAAAGCAUUAGUGGGUUUAGCACGAAGCACCACGGUGCGACAGAUUAUCAGCAAGUUACCGCUGUUCAGCAGUGGGCAGAUCCAGCAGCUAAUGAAAGAACCUGUGCUUCAAGACAAACGCAACGACCAUGUACGCUUUUGCAAAUAUGCUGCCGAGCUAAUAGAGCAAGUAUCGGGAAAGCCGCUGCUAAUUGGCACAGAUGUUUCAUUAGCACGGUUGCAGCGUGCCAACGUUGUGGCGCAAACACGCAUCACGUUCCCCGAGAAGGAGUUGCUUCUGCUUAUUCGGAAUCAUCUGUUGUCGAAAGGUCUCUCCGAUACGGCUUCAGCACUAACCAAAGAGGCUGACCUGCCUAUGGGCAUACAUUCUCAUUCUCACGCUCAUACCAGUGUAGCACCAUUUUCACAAUCUGUGUCCACGCCCCCCACACCAACUGCCAUCCCACGGACUCCUCGCCUCGCCAAUGGCGUGGCAGCACGGCUAGGAAGCCAUGCCUCUCACGUGCCGGCUCCAUCUCUUCACCUACAGCCCCGCCCACCUACCUCACAGCCCCCACCCCCAGCCCCUCCCGCGUCAUCUCACCACAGCAGCGGCUCUCCUCUCGUUGGCCGAAUCGUGUUCUCGAGGGAACGGCCGUCUACCUAUGCCGCAGGAUUGAAGAAGCCACGUGUUUUGAGGCAGAAAUCGGACCAUGGCGCAUUUAGCCAGAGUCCAGCUAUGAAGAAACAGUUGGACCGCCAUCUUCCUUCACCUCCAGCUCUUGAUAGUAUCAUAACAGAGUACCUGCGAGAGCAGCAUGCCCGUUGUAAGAACCCGGUCACCACGUGCCCCCCGUUCAGUCUCUUCAUGCCCCACCAGUGUCCAGAGCCAAAGCAGAGGUGCCAGGCGCCCACAAACUUUACCGCACGUCACACACGCAGGGUCGCCUAUCCGAAAUACGGGGGGGUGGAUGGAGGCUGCUUCGACAGGCAUCUCAUCUUCAGCAGGUUCAGGCCAAUCUCAGUGUUCAGGGAAGCAGAGGAGGAUGAGAGCGGCUUCAUGUGUUGCGCGUUCUCAGCACGCGAGCGUUUCCUCAUGUUGGGCACAUGCACCGGGCAGCUCAAACUUUACAACGUGUUCAGCGGACAAGAGGAAGCCAGCUACAGCUGCCAUAGUUCAGCCAUCACACACCUCGAGCCAUCCAGGGAUGGGUCUUUACUGUUGACAUCUGCUUCAUGGAGUUAUCCUCUGUCUGCCCUCUGGGGAAUGAAAUCUGUCUUCAUAAUGAAACAUUCCUUUUUAGAUGAUCAUUAUGUGGAAUUCAGUAAGCUCUCCCAGGACAGAGUAAUAGGAACAAAGGAACACAUUGCCCAUAUUUAUGACAUUCAAACUGGGCAGAAGACCCUGACCUUAAACAACCCUGACCUGGCCAACAACUACAAGCGGAACUGCGCCACCUUCAAUCCGACUGAUGACCUUGUGUUGAAUGAUGGGGUUAUGUGGGACGUGCGUUCAGCACAGGCCAUCCACAAGUUUGAUAAAUUCAACAUGAACAUCAGCGGCGUUUUCCACCCCAACGGCCUUGAAGUGAUCAUCAACACAGAGAUAUGGGACUUACGGACUUUCCAUUUGCUGCACACUGUACCAGCACUGGAUCAGUGCAGAAUUGUGUUCAACAACAAUGGAACAGUCAUUUAUGGAGCCAUGCUUCAGGCUGAUGAUGAGGAUGAAAUGAUGGAGCAGCAGAUGAAGAGUCCCUUCGGUUCCUCCUUCAGGACCUUUGAUGCUACUGACUACAAACCGAUAGCGACCAUUGAUGUGAAGAGGAACAUUUUUGACCUGUGCACUGACACAAAAGACUGUUACCUGGCAGUCAUUGAAAAUCAAGAUUCUAUAAACAUGGACACAGUGUGUCGACUUUAUGAAGUCGGCCGACAGAGACUGGCUGAAGAAGAAGAGGAUGAGGAGGAUCAGGAGGAUGAAGAUCAGGAGGAUGAGGAUGAUGACGACUCAGACGACGACAUGGAUGAUAUUGACACAGACCCCCUGAUGGCUGAGCUGGAGAAUGAAAAUAAUGGAGAGGAGGAGGAGGAGGAGGAAGAUGGUGAGCAGGAUUUUUCCCCAUCUGAUGAUGAAGAGGUGGCUCGUCUCCUGGAGGAAGAGGGCGAAGAUGACGACGACGACGACGACGAUGAUGACGACGACGAUGAUGAAGAGGAUGAUUCAGAGGACAAUGAGGGAGAUGUAGAGCUAGUGAUGGAUAAUACAGAUAGCUCCGAUAACUCAGACCUGGAAGAUGACAUCAUCCUUUCCUUGAAUGAGUGAGCCAUGGAGGAUGCAGAGAAAACAGGAAGCACAAUCUCAUUCAUACCUCAGAGGUGAACACCACUGAGAGAGAGAAAAGAUGACAAAUCUCAAUUAUGUUGUCAAAGCAGGAAGAAAAGCACUCGACUGGUUAAAUCAAGGACUCCUGUACUGAGGAGGCUCUCCUUGUGUCCUAGACUGAAGGGCUCUUUAAAAAUGCUGAUAUUACUGGAAUUGGAUGAUAAAGGAUCAUAUAGUUUCGAGGGUUGCUUGAUGAAUCAAGUGUUAUAGUUUAUAAAUAAAAAUGUAAACAAAUUAGUUUUCAUGGAAAAAGCUGUUUCUAAAGUCCCCAUUUUUGAAAGUAUCCCUUUUUUUAAGAGAACAAAAAGUAGACACUCAUUUUAAGAUGAUGUGUAUUAGACAUUUGUCUCUUUUAAUGGGUUUGACCAUAGAAAAGAGCUGGUGGUGUUUGUUAAAAUCGUCUCAAUGUCUUUUGAGGUUCCGCCGAACCCUUACCGGGUGCUGUGUGGAUGGUCUGAGUGCAUGCGUGUGUGUGUGUGUGUGUGUGUGUGUGUGUGUGUGUGUGUGUCAGUCAAUUUGAUGCAAAUCUUGUUUGCUUGAUUUCAUCUUCAACAUUACAUUUUUUUUUUUUUUUUUUUUUUUGCCAGGCAUAUUGCUCCCAGUAUAUUUGUUAUUCAGAGUCACCCACAGGUACAAAUGCCUUUCUGGUAAUCUCCCUUAUUGUUUUCAUUAAAAUUUGCUCAGAUUAGAAGAAAUUAUAAAAAAAAAAAAGACCUCCCUAUUUGCAUACUUCGGUAUGGGUACAAUCUGAAACAUCAAUGAGGACUGAAUUGUGAUGAAGCAGAAUCAAUCCAAGUGCCAUUUGCACCAAUGGUCCUUUACCAGCAUUUCAUUGCAUUAUUUCUUUUGGCCAUAAUUUCUGCAAUUUUAUUUUAGAUGAUACCUUCCUAAAUGUAUAGAUCCACUGUACAGUAUGUAUCAAAGUAUUUUUACUAUAAACACCAUUAAAAUUACCCAGCUUUGUGAUGUUUGUAUCUCACGAAUCAUUAAUAAAGCCUUUAUGUUCA